AAGCUAAUUUUUGCGCAUUUUUAAAAACAGGCGGCCGCGCCAACUUCCUUUGGCCACACUCAAGAUGGCACCUGCCCAGCCACGCCCCCAAUGGCGGAGCCCCGGGCCUUGGCGGGCGAGACGCUCGAUUUUCCCAAAAUGGAGUGAGAGAAAAACCCGUGUCCAUCACAGACAGCGUCGCCCCACCCCUCGAGGACCGCCAGCACCCAAUAGGCGACGCGAAGGGCGGCUGCGAGGCCAGGGGAGGAGCCCGCUGUUGUCCCAGCAACGCGACAGAGUCCCAGCGAGCUGGCCGCGCAGGUUUGGCGCCUCAGGCCUGCGGCGGUGCGGAAGGUUCUAGAAGAGCCGCGAGGCAGGCCUGGCCGGCGCCCGCCCAGAGGACGAGCUCGACCCGUGCAUCCCGGGCGCUCCUAACCGUUCAGCGCGCCGAGGGCCAUGGCUGAGGUGCAUGUCAUCGGACAGAUCCAGGGGGCCACCGGUUUCUCGGAAAGUAGCCUCUUCUGCAAGUGGGGCAUCCACACAGGGGCAGCGUGGAAGCUCCUGUCAGGUGUGCGGGAAGGCCAGACGCAGGUGGACACCCCCCAGGUAGGGGACAUGGCCUACUGGUCCCACCCCAUCGACCUGCACUUCGCGACCAAAGGUCUACAAGGUUGGCCUCGGCUGCACCUCCAGGUGUGGUCCCAGGACAGCUUCGGCCGCUGCCAGCUCGCAGGCUAUGGCUUUUGCCACGUGCCCAGCAGCCCAGGCACCCACCAGCUGGAAUGCCCCACGUGGCGGCCCCUAGGCAGCUGGCGGGAGCAGCUGGCACGGGUCUUCGUGGGAGGUGGGCCGCAGCUGCUACACGGCGACACCAUCUACAGCGGGGCAGACCGCUACCGCCUGCACACGGCCGCGGGUGGCACGGUGCACCUGGAGCUCGGCCUGCUGCUGCGCCACUUCGACCGCUACGGUGUUGAAUGCUGAGGGAGCCCCAGCCCUGCGCCCUCAGCGAGGGCCAGGUGGCACCGUGGUCAGGACCGGGGGCCCUGGGGACUGUCAGGCCGCCUGGCCGCAGCCCAGGCAGGCAUGGCGCCACUUGGGGAUCUCGCUAGGACUUCCCGCGCCUCUCAGCUUGGGUCUGUAAAAGGGGGUAGCAGGUACGCCGGCCCACCGGGGGUUGAGUGAAAGGUCCUUAAUAAAGGUGGACGCGUCUCCCAGG